AUGACCAAGAAAAGAAUUGCUGUGAUUGGGGGAGGUGUGAGUGGCCUCUCCUCUAUCAAGUGCUGCCUGGAAGAAGGCUUGGAGCCAGUCUGCUUUGAAAGGACUAAUGACAUUGGAGGGCUCUGGAGGUUCCAGACCACUGUGUGCAGUGUGAAGAAGCGGCCUGAUUUCUUCACUUCAGGCCAAUGGGAGGUAGUCACAGAAUCUGAAGGGAAAAAGGAGGUAAACGUCUUUGAUGGAGUCAUGGUUUGCACUGGCCAUCAUACCAAUGCUCACUUACCCUUGGAAAGCUUUCCUGGAAUUGAGAAGUUCAAAGGACAGUACUUACACAGCCGAGACUAUAAGAAUCCAGAUAUUUUCACCGGAAAGAGAGUCAUUAUAAUUGGCAUUGGGAAUUCGGGAGGGGAUCUGGCUGUGGAACUUUGCCACACAGCCAAGCAGGUUUUUCUCAGUACCAGGAGAGGGGCUUGGAUCCUGAAUCGUGUAGCAGACUUUGGAUAUCCUUUUGAUGUGUUAUUCUCUUCUCGAUAUAAAUACUUUCUUUUGAAGAUUUGUGGCCUAUCAUUAGUCAACAGUUUUUUAGAGAAAAAGUUGAACCAAAGGUGUGACCACGAAAUGUUUGGCCUAAAGCCGAAACACAGUGUUCAGAUUUACUUACUACAAAAUAGGCUAAAGACAUUGCCCUCACAAAGUGAAAUGAAUGCAGAAAUAGCUAAGGCUCAAGAGGAAAUUUCAAAAAGGUAUGUGGAGAGCCAACGUCAUACUAUUCAGGGAGACUAUGUAGAUACCAUGGAAGAGCUUGCUGAUCUGGUGGGCGUCAGGCCCAAUCUGCUGUCUCUGGCCUUCACUGACCCCAAGUUGGCAAUACAGCUAUUUUGGGGACCCUGCACUCCAAUCCACUAUCGUCUUCAAGGCCCUGGAAAAUGGGAUGGAGCCCGAAAAGCUAUUCUCACCACAGAAGAUCGUAUCAGGAAGCCAAUGAUGACUAGAGUAAUUGAAAGCAGAAAUUCCAUGACUUCCACAAUAACAAUGGCCAGGUUUAUGCUGGCUGUUGUUUUCUUUGCUAUAAUUAUGACCUACUGUUAGCUGUCCCAUUUGUCAUUGCCCUAGUUUUCUCUGGAAAACUAGAUCUACAGAUGCCUUAAGAAUCUGAUGCGAUUGAACAACUCUCAGCUUCACAUUGCCCAGGAAUCCCCUUUUAUUUCUUUUGCCAAAGCAUUAAUCCUCUGUCCUCAUUUCCCUACAGUGAGAUUCUAGUUUUUCCUUCAUAUUGAUUUCCCUCCUUUCCUUUUACGACCCGCCACUUUUUCCUUUUAGUAACCCCUGAACUAUGAACUUAGGUAUUUUUUUAGUCAUCUUAGUUUGUCUGUGGCCGAUUUCUUGACCUAUGGUCUGUGCUUAAUAAAUGUUUGUUGUCAUUUAUCAAAUAUAACGGUGGGGAGCAUAAGUCAAUAUCUGUAUAAGAAAUGGAUGAUUCCAUGUAAUUCUGCAUCUGAUAGGAUUUGGCUUUCUUUUAGAAUCUCAAUCUUUUGUUUUUAAUAUUGUAACUAAAUGUAUAUCUCCUGAGAGAUAAGAGAAAUAAUAGUCUUGUAUGCAUCUAAGAUAAGAUAUAUAAACACUUAACCAUUUUAUUUCACUAACUAUUCACUAGUGUGCCUGAUACCUCAUCCUUUUUACUCUUUAUCCUAAGUAACAUGUCAUUAUUUUUUCAAUGAGAAAACUAUCUUCAGCUUUCUAGGCUCAUGGGUCAUUUUAAUAAUCUAGCAUCUGCCAAUAGGUUCAACCUGGCUGAAAAAUUUGGGACGUUAAGUUAGCUGUCCCAUCUUCUUCUGGUCAUUUUGUUACCACAUUAGGAUCCAAUAAGACUUGUCUUAGAUCCGUAGCUGCCCUCUUUUAUAGUACAGCCUAUCGAUGUGAUUUGAUUCGUCAUUCCUCACUUCUUUCUCCUCUCUACUCCCUCACACACACAGAGUCUAAGUAGUACAUAUUCAAAGAAGUCAUUUAUGUAUUAAAACAGGAUGGAGGCUGCCUGGGUGACUUAGUUAGUUGAGCGUCCUAAUUCUUAAUUUCGGCUCAGAUCAUGAUCUCAGGGUUGUCAGAUCCUAUGGCAGGCUCCCAUGGUGGGUGUGAAGUCUCCUUAAGAUUCUCCUUUUCUGGGCUGCCUGGGUGGC